AACGGGUCUCGUUGCAGACAAGACGCCGCAGAAAAGACAAUCCUUUUGGGCUUUCGACACAGAUUUCAGCUACAUGUGUACUUCUAAACAAUCUCAUCAACUUCAUCAUCACAUGUGAUUGAAUUUCAUCGAAUUUCUGUACCCGAAUAGCUGCUUUUGUUUCUGAGCAGAGUGAGGGAGAUUUGGGGAAAUGGUAGUUCAUGGGAAGCGUCGGCAGAGGUGUGUGAGCAAGGAGAGUUUGCUGGGUUUGAAAUUAGGGCUCUCUGUUCUGUUGGCGGUGAGUUUUGUUUAUAUGACAGCACUCUUUUCUGGAACCAUUAGCCGGAUUGUUGAGAGCGGAUCCCACUUUCUCGAUGACGCUCUGGCAUCAACGCGGCCACUUCGUCUCCUUUUACCUCAAGCUGUUGAUCUGGAUUUCACUCAAGGGAAUGCACAGGUGUGUGACCUUUUUACAGGACAUUGGAUUCAUAAUCCAGAUGGUCCGUACUACACAAACGAGACAUGCAAUUUCAUUGAGCUCCAUCAAAAUUGUAUGAAGAACGGUCGACCAGAUACUGACUAUCUUUACUGGAGAUGGAAGCCGCGUGAUUGUGGCCUACCCCGGUUUAACGCAAAGAAGUUUCUUGAGCUAAUGAGGGGUAAAACUUGGGCACUGAUUGGCGAUUCAAUUUCCAGGAACCAUGUUCAAUCGAUUCUUUGCAUGCUUUCAAAGGCGAGGCAGCCAGCUAUGGGAGUUAUCUUUUACUGUCUGGACACCUAGUUUCCGCCAAGUCAUGGCCUAGACCAGCUAUGGUUUGCGGUCCUAACAACAUCGGACCAUUUUGUGUAAACCCCAGUACUAAAAUGAAGCAUUUUUUAGGUGGAGCAACCUGUUGAGGUGUACCAUGAUGAGGAAUUCAAAUCCAGAAGAUGGUUCUUCUCCGCGUCCAACUUCACAAUUUCUGUCAUUUGGUCCCCUUUUUUAGCAGAAGCAGACAUAUUUGAGGACAUAGAUGGGGUUUCCACAUCUGAGGCCGAGCUUCAUCUCGACAGGCUUGACAAGAAGUGGAGCCAACAUUUCCAUAGUUUUGACUAUGUGAUAUUAUCAAGUGGAAAAUGGUAUGCCAAGUCAACAGUCUAUUUUAAGGGCAAAACAUUAUUGGGUUGCCACAACUGCCCCAAACGGAACUUAAAACAGCUUGGAUUCGAGUUCGCGUACAGAGAAGUUCUAAGAAAUGUUUUCGGCUUCCUCUUGUCAUCUUCAAAAAAGCAGCACAAAGGCAUGAUUUUCUUUAGGACUUCCACAUCAGAUCAUUUCGAGAAUGGUGAGUGGCAUACUGGAGGGAACUGCAAACGAACCGAACCGGCCAAGGAAGGCGAGCUUGAGCGAAGUGAGAUCAACAAAAUUCUCCGCCGUGUGGAGUUACAAGAGUUUGAGAAAGCUGUGGGUGAUGGCAGUGAGAAGGGAGUGAAGCUCAAACUUUUUGAUGUGAGCCCGCUUUCGUUGCUUAGGCGUGAUGGCCACCCUGGGCCAUACAGAUUCUUCCAACCAUUUGCAGGAGGCAAGAGUGGGCCUGGUAUUAAUGAUUGUCUUCAUUGGUGUUUGCCAGGACCAAUAGAUUCAUGGAACGAUUUGAUGAUGGAGAUGGUUCUCCGUGGCCGGGGCGCUGAUGGACUUGUUGACUUUUAGUGUAUUACAUUUUGACCCCUUUCACGAAUGGUUUUGCGUUCUAAUAGCUGAAAUUAGCCCAUCUGGCCAUCCCACGCCAUGCUUGACAGACUGAGGUGCAUCUUAUAGAAUUUUGAAACACUUGUUACAUAUAAUUAAUCACACUUAUUUAUUCUUUUAUAGAUAGUUCUUUUCUCAUGAUUCAUACGUUCGUUUGUGUACUGUCUCGCCCUUGAACUACUCUGAUAUUCUGAUUCUGAGAAAUAACAUUAAAACGCAUUUUGGUUUGCUGAAACAUGAC